AAAUUAUAAGCAUAAAAUUGUUACGAUUGCAAUUUAUAUGAUAUUUAAGGAAAUAAAACACUUAAUUGUAAAAUUCUUCCUUAAAAUAUUAUUAAACGUUUAAAAUGAGUCGCCAAGUGGACAUAAAAGCUUUAGUUUCUCACGUUGUACGAGGAGAUGGCAUAAAUAAAUGCAGAAUUUGUAUGGGAGACACAUCGGAAGGCCAGGUGUUUCUUGGCGAUACAGUAUUGAUGGACGGCGAUCAACCUGUAACUUUAUCAGAGCUGCUGGAGACUAUAACAGGAGUUCAGAUGCCGAUCAAUGAGGACUUGCCUGUCAACCUGUGCUCAUUAUGCUCCAUGUCCGCGCUAAGCGCAGCCGACUUCCGCACGGCAUGCAGGCGCGCUGCCCACAAGUGGGACACUGUUGUACAACUGCUGGCCAACCUGCCACAACAAUCCAAUGAUAAAUCACUAUUCGCCAUAGUAGAAGAAAACCAGAUGGUCCUUCUAAACGAUUGCAAUAGUAUUUCGUCAACUAAAACAGCUGCUCACAAGCUUACUAGAAAGAUGAGAUCAUCAGAAAAGACGGAGGCUGUAAAAACACAUACAAAACAUCGUUACCAAUGUCCUGAUUGUGGCAAACAGUUUAGCUACGUCCAUCAGUUGUAUAAACAUUUAAAAGAAUCUACAGAUUUUAAACGAGCGUGUUACAUUUGUGCGAAAAUUAUGAAUCGAGAUGAGUUGGUAUUACAUCUAAAAGAGCAACACAAUCGAAAGCCCUACGACUGCAAAAAGUGUCCCGCCUUGUUGCCUUCGCACAGUCAAUAUCUUCAGCACUUACGGCAGGCACAUUCUCAAGGUUCAUGCACUUGUGGCGAUUGCGGACGAAGUUUCAAGACUUCGAACAGUUUCCGAGCUCAUCUCUCCGUACAUUCGAUAAAGUCUUGUCCGAGCUGUGACAAAGUAUUCCGUAAUCAAACGUGUUAUUUGUACCAUGUCAGAAAGUGCUGUAAACUAGAAGCUAUGAAAACACACAAGGGUAUGUUAGAAGUGACGAAUAAAUGGAGCGAUAAAAAAAUUAAAGUCGGUUUACGAGGAAGAAUUGAAAAGGAAUGUAUUUGUGAUUAUUGUAACAAAAAGUUUGCUGGAAAAAAGUUUAUAUCGGCACAUAUACAGAUCGUUCAUAUGAAGAACACACAUAGCCCAUGCGCGUAUUGCGGGAAAUUGCUCGCUGCUGCUCACAUGUCGGAACACGUUAAAAAGCAUCAAAAUUUGUCGUUUAAGUGUAACCAUUGUGGUAUUAUUUUAAGAACUAAAUUGGGUUAUAGCCAGCAUUUGCGGUUGCAUAGCGGAGAAAAGCCGUACCCAUGUCAGUACUGCAAGGAAUCGUUCUCUGCGUCCUCGAGACGUUCUGAACACAUCAGGAAAGUUCACAAGAGCUCCGACAUCGUGUUAAAGUACGAGUGUGGCAAAUGCUCAGCGAAGUUCCGACUACCCUACAUGCUCAAGAAGCAUAUGUCAGUGCACAGUAGUGAAAGGCAACCACUGUUUGAAUGCUGUGUAUGUCAUGAGAAGUUUAAUACAUGUUCGACACUGCUGAAGCACUGCAGGGUACAUAAGAAAAAUAUAUAAUUAUAUAUACAUGACAGCCAGUUAUAUAUUUCGGACGAGAUUCCGGUGGAGGAGGCGAAGAGUUUGCCGCACGGCGUCUGUUCCUCAUGCACACAGAUGGCGCUCGUGGCGGCUCAUUUUCGUAGUAUCUGCCUAGAAUCCGUCAAGCAAUGGACACGAGCCGCAUCCAUCCUCAAUUCUAUACCUACUCUAUCAGAAGAGAAGUCUUUCUUCUUUCUUUAUAAUAAAGAUGUAAUACUCAAAGAUGACAUAAAAAUAUCAUCCACAACACAUGCUGUCAGUCGACUGAAUAAUAUACAUCAAGAGCCUGUAUUCAAGAUGACUCAACGCCAGAAAUCGUUUACGAAAGACUCACCCUGGGAAUGUCAAUACUGUGGAAAGAAAUUUCGACUAUUAUACUCAUUGAAUAUACAUCUUAAGAUGACUGCAAACAGAGCUUGCACACAUUGUGGCCUAGUUAUCAAAAAGAAAAAGUUGCAUGAGCAUUUAGAAAGAGUACAUAAUGUACAUUUAUUUCACUGCAAAAUAUGUCACAAGUUGUUUAAAGGGGCAUCGGAGUUAGAUGGACAUAUUCAAACAGCACACAGCGUUACGUCAUAUUCCUGUCCAGUUUGUAAGCAAGGUUUUGUGAACGAGAGAGCGCUGCGAGCACACAAGUACGCUCAUACGCUAUUUAAUUGUCUCUCAUGCAACAGUAGCUUCGAAAACCUGAGAUGUUAUAGAUAUCACGUCUGCCAUUGCCAGGGGUCGAAGAUACCUCCCGAUUCGUUAUACGAAUGCGAUUACUGCGGAUCUAAAUACUCAAAGAAAGAUUCUCUUAGAAGUCACACUACAAACAAACAUUUGAGGGUAUUACAGUUCGUGUGUCAGAAGUGUGGUAAGAGGAGUGCAAGUCUCGCUCACCACAAGGCACAUGAAGUCAUCCACAUGACCGAAAGGAAAGUUUUUAAAUGUCACUGUGGUGCUAAGCUGACUACUCAGCUGGGUUUCAAUUUGCAUCAAAGGAUACAUUCGGGUGAAAAGCCUUACGAGUGUAAGAAAUGCGGUGAGAGGUUCCUAUCCGCUUCCAGACGUUUGGACCAUAUGAAAAGGCGACAUAUGAACACGGAAGACAUGCCUCAUAAAUGUAGGGAAUGCUCGGCUAAGUUUAUAAGAGAAGACGCUUUCUGCCCUCGGGGUAUCUGCGUGUCUUGUACGGACGCGGGCAUCAACGCUUACGAGUUCCGCAUCCUAACGAAGAAUUCCAACAAAGUGUGGUCAAACUGUGUGAACGGUCUAAACAAAGCUAUCGACAGCGGCAAACCACCUAAUUCCUUGUACACCGUAAUGAGGGAGGACCUCUCAGUUCUAUCGGUUAACAACAACUUUAACGGCGACUCCAAAUCUCUACUAAAUCAUCUCAUCAAUCGUGUAUCUAAGAAGAAACAUAUCGAAGUGGAAAAGAAGCCGAGAGCAGCACGCUCAGGCCCGCCCUGCAAGUGCACAGACUGUGGGAAACUAUUCAAUAGUCCGUACUACCUCACUUUGCACUUAAAGAACAGCGGCCAGAAAGAAGCGUGUGCUCUGUGCGGUACCAUGGUGUUUAGAGGUUUAGAAAUGAAGGAACAUCUUCAGGCGGCCCACGGAAAGGAAGUUCACAUGUGUACCGAUUGCCCGAUGCUUUUCACUCAUGAUUACGAACUAAAGCAACACACGAAAAGAGCACACAGAGCGGGCGCUUUGACAUGCUUCGACUGUGGGAGAACGUUCCCGAGGAACGCAUCUUUCGAGGUCCACGCACAGAUGCACGCAGUGAGGACUUGCAGGGCUUGCGGUGCUCAGUUCACGAACCGAGCUUGUUAUAGAGAGCAUCGGUCCAACUGCGAGCCGGGAGCGAAACCCGACACCAAAAAUGUUCCUCGGAGUCGACGCUCCAAUAUACGAGAUCCCGCAACGUUCAUAUGCGAUUAUUGUGGAAAGACCUACCUAUCUAGACCUCAGCUGAAGAACCAUAUAGUUUGGAUCCACAUGGAUAUUAGACCUCAUCAGUGUCAAUGGUGCGGAAAGAGGUUUUAUACUCCGACCCGCCUGGCGGAGCACAGUGUGGUUCACACGCGGGAAAGGAACUUCGAAUGUGACAUUUGUGGCGCGAAACUCGUUUCCAAGAUGGCGGCGGUGUACCAUAGACGCCGUCAUACAGGUGAAAAGCCGUACGAGUGUCAGUCGUGCGGGGAAAAGUUUAUAUCUUCUUCGCGAAGGUCGGAGCACGCUAAGCGUCGGCAUGGGCUAGGGUCUAAGCUACAAUGUAUGGAUUGUCCCGCCACCUUUGUGAGGAUUCACGAGUUGAAAAAACAUAUUGCUAAAGUGCACGGAACUCAAAAUUCUGAUUUAUCGAUAACUGGUCGAAGUUGA